CAGACUUCCGUAAAUUUCGUCUGCACACUGUCUAUUACAGACUUUCCGAGACAGUGUGUAUGUGUUUGCAUCAAUACGUAGAGUGGAUACAUCGACAUGUAUUUAUGUAAAGCUUGUCAGAAAUAUUUGGGUACAAUCAAAUACUCGCACAAACGUUACACACAAAACUUGUCCUUGCUUUUUAGACAAAUACACGUCUACAACCAAUCGGUGAAAAACAGAAGUAUUUCGACGUCCCUGGCCAGAUUGAAUCAACACCAUACAGAAAAGCCUCAGAGACCAAAGGCUCAGACAACCAUUGAUGAAGAGGAAGUGGAAAAAUUUUCUGCACUUUCAGAGUUAUGGUGGGACGAGAGUGGCGAGUUUGAGGCCCUACACACUAUGAAUGAACUAAGAGUGCCCCUCAUACGAGAUGCUUUGAUGAAGAGAAACGCUCCUCCCACUACUAAACCAUUGGCUGGCUGCACAAUUCUUGAUGUCGGCAGUGGAGGGGGAAUUCUUGCUGAGCCUCUGGCAAGACUGGGAGCUUUUGUCAUAGGUGUCGAAGCAUCUGAGGAAAACAUCAAAAUUGCCCAGGCCCACCUAAAAUAUGACCCAGCCAUAGCCGCCAAUGUGAAGUAUAUUCAUGCAACAGUGGAAGACCUAGUUGGAACAGAGGAAGGCAAGAUGGAUGCUGUUGUUGCUUCCGAAGUAGUGGAGCACGUUGCUGAUGCCCCUGCGUUUCUCUCCUCCUGCUGCAGACUCGUCAAGCCUGGAGGGUCACUUUUCAUAACAACCCUGAAUAAGACAUACAUCUCCUACAUGCUUGGCGUAAUGGCAGCCGAGAGGCUAUUUAGGCUUGUGUCUCCUGGAACACAUGACUGGAACAAGUUCAUCGACCCCCAGGAUCUCCAGUUCAUGCUGACCCAGAAUAACAUGAGUGCCCGCCUCCUUCACGGCAUGAUGUACAAUCCGCUGACCAAGAGAUGGUCUUGGAUCAAGGACACCAGCAUCAACUAUGCCAUUCAUGCAGUGAGAGCAGAUGUUCACGAUAACGAGAAUAACCCUGCCGAUACAUUAUAGCCUUCAAGCACGGGUGUCUGGUUGCCUCAUGACCUUUCUGCCUGGUUUACUGGGUGUUAGCCGUGCAUGAUUUGACAUUCAGUUUCGUCAUACAAUAUUGCCAAUGCAUAUGGAAUAUGCACCAAACAUGGAGUAUUAUGCAGGGAUAAUGGUAGGCAUGUGAUAUGAAGACAUGUUCUUGAUAGUGAUGUUGAAAGUUGAUUAUAUUUUGUGUACACCCUAUACUGUGUAUAUCUAGUGAUACCAAACAUGUUUCCUAAAGAUUGUCAAUAUGCGGAUAUAUAUUUUGUAGUGCAUAUCUCUUUUGUAUGAUUGUGAAUAACAAGUAUCUAAUCAAU